AUGGCGUCCCCAGCUAGCGGCUUUCCCGCGCACCGUCCUGCGCCUGCCGACAGCAAGCUGGGUGGUGGAGAGCGGACAGGAGGACCCGCGGGCAGACAGGAGGACCCGCGUGAGGACAGGAGGACCCGCGAGGACAGGAGGAUCCGCGUGAGGACAGGAGGACCUGCAGACAGGAGGACCCGCGUGAGGACAGGAGGACCUGCAGACAGGAGGACCCGCGAGCGGACAGGAGGACCCGAGGGCGGACAGGAGGACCCGCGGGCGGACAGGAGGACCCGCGAGCGAACAGGAGGACCCGCGGGCAGACAGGAGGACCUGCAGACAGGAGGACCCGAGGGCGGACAGGAGGACCUGCAGACAGGAGGACCCGAGGGCGGACAGGAGGACCUACAGACAGGAGGACCUGCAGACAGGAGGACCAGAGGGCGGACAGGAGGACCCGUGAGGACAGGAGGACCCGAGGGCGGACAGGAGGACCCGCGUGAGGACAGGAGGACCCGAGGGCGGACAGGAGGACCCGCGAGCGGACAGGAGGACCCGCGGGCGAACAGGAGGACCCGCGGGCAGACAGGAGGACCUGCAGACAGGAGGACCCGAGGGCGGACAGGAGGACCUGCAGACAGGAGGACCAGAGGGCGGACAGGAGGACCCGUGAGGACAGGAGGACCCGAGGGCGGACAGGAGGACCCGCGUGAGGACAGGAGGACCUGCAGACAGGAUGACCCGCGUGAAGACCAGCCACUCGGCUUCCCAAGCCCCAACCCACAGCUGCUGGCGGAAGCGGGCCGCCGGAGCCUGGCCGGCUGGUGCACGCGGAAGCGGAAGUCGAAUACCCGGAAGGCUGUUCGAGGGCCGCCCAGCAUGGCUGAAGCGGCUCCGGGCUUCCGAGCGCGGGCGGCGCGCACGGUGCUCAACCAGGUGGUGCUGCCGGGAGAGGAACUGCUGCUGCCGGAGCACGAGGACGCAGGAGGCGCGCAGGGGGCCGGGGAGCGGCCGCUGCGCCUGGACGCCGGCGUGAGCGCGCGCGCGCGUGUGGUGUGCGGCCCGGGGCUGCGGCGCUCCGGGGACCGCCUGCUGGUCACCAAGUGCGGCCGCCUCCGCCACAAGGAGCCCGGCGGCGGCGGCGGCGGCGGGGGCGCCUACUGGGUGGACUCGCAGCAGAAGCGGUAUGUUCCAGUGAAAGGAGACCGUGUGAUUGGCAUCGUGAUCGCGAAAUCUGGAGAUAUAUUCAAAGUGGACGUGGGAGGGAGUGAGCCGGCUUCCUUGUCUUACCUGGCAUUCGAAGGUGCCACCAAGAGAAACAGGCCCAAUGUGCAGGUUGGAGAUCUCAUCUAUGGCCAGUUUGUGGUUGCUAACAAAGACAUGGAACCAGAGAUGGUCUGCAUUGACAGCUGUGGACGAGCCAACGGAAUGGGUGUGAUUGGACAAGACGGCUUGCUUUUUAAAGUGACUUUGGGCUUAAUUAGGAAACUGUUAGCUCCAGGCUCCGAGAUCAUACAGGAAGUGGGAAAACUCUAUCCACUGGAGAUUGUAUUUGGAAUGAAUGGAAGAAUAUGGGUGAAGGCGAAGACCAUUCAGCAGACGUUAAUUUUAGCAAACAUUUUAGAAACUUGUGAACAUAUGACGACAAGUCAAAGAAAACAGAUCUUCUCCAGACUGGCAGAAAGCUGACCUGUGUGAACUUUUUAAAUGGGUCGGUUGAGCCAAGAGACUGGGUUUCCUGGGAGAAACUUUUUUCAGGUAAAUCUCUCCCUGUUAAACCUUCAGAAGACAAGAUGUAAAUGUAUACUAUCUUAGUAAAGUCCUACAUAUUUUUGUAAGAAAGAUACUGGUUUUCUCCCAUUAUCUGUGAGAAAAUAACUGUAAAUUAUAACUUUUUUUGUUCUGUACAAUCAAGUUUAUUAAACGUUAUUACAGUUUACUAUAGUUUAAUUCCUUUAGUUUUACUAGACUGCAGCUUCAGUGGGGAGUUUGAACUUGGCAUAAAAAUGGUCACUUUCUGAUGCUAGUAAUAAAGCAUGUGAGACAAAACAAGCCGGUGAAGCCACACCGAGCUCCAGCGAUCAGCACGAGCCAGCAAGUCUCAUGUGUCAGCCAGUCAUUUCUGCAUGGACUAACUCCUUUAUCCCUCACAGUUGAAGGUACUGAGACACAAGGUUUAAACUGACUUACAUUCCCAACCACAAUGUGUUCUUCAAACUGAAUUACAGGAUAUUUAUAUUCUAUUUUGUAAUAUACUUUGUCAGGUUCAGAUACCAUAAAUUUAUCACAACUGCUAAUAAAAUGUCACUAGUUGUAUUUCA